CUCGAGAUGGAUGCCGUGAAGCUGUUCUAGCUGGGCAGGUACUCAAGCACGCCGGCGGACACUGACCAUGACGCCGCCGACUGGGAGCUUGCGGCCGGAGAACGGCAAAUCCCGCUUAGAUUCUCCAAUUCCAUCUCGAGAUCUUGAAUCGCUCUUUCCGCGCCGACGAGGUCAGACCAGACAUUGCAGACGAUAUGGCGACAAUCAACCCAGAGCAUGUGCGACUUGCACAAUCACUUCCUCCACGACUCCUCAACUUCUUCAAGCGCUACCCGCCGCCGGCUCUCUCACAAUCUACUACCGGUGCAACCAUCGCCGCCAACACUUCCUCGGCCGACGCAAAUGCAAACACCCCUACUUCAAUCCCAGAGAACGCCGUUUUGGAAUCGCCGCUGCAAUCCGAAAACCCUUUCAUGCCUUUCAAGAACCCCAUCACUCAAAGGUGGCAGCCCGCCUCUUUUUCUCUCCGCAAGCAAUCCGAGAUCAUCAAGCUCGCCAUUAAGCACAACGUCGUCUCUCUGCUGCCAUACACACACAAGCUGCCUGAGGAGGUCGCUCGCCGUCGUGCCGAGCACGGUCUUCGCGUCAAGGGAACUGGUGUUGGUCAGAAGGUCAAGGGAAAGAUGUGGGAGCGUACGCUCAAGGGCAGAUUGGAACAGCGCGAGAAGGCUAUGGUUGCUAUGCCCGAGAUGAUCCGUCACUGGAAGGAGAGAGGUCACGGAAGAGGUUGGAAGAAGUGGCCCAAGAACUAAACUGUUCUUCGAUCCUUACUUUCCUUGCCAUCAAUCUGCACAAAUCGGCGUUAAUCAUUGGGGGGACUUUGUAUCGGCAUACCACGAUUGUACAUUACUUUCAAAACAGAUGGGCCUUUGGCUCUUUUUCACGCUUCCUCAGGAACAGUCCUCCAUCCGCCAACCUUCAACGUAGCCGCGUGACAGUCUGUUUUAGGAGUAUGAUGGGUGUAUCAGGUUAUUGAAGAGCUCAGGAUCCAAAAAUGCAGGGCUGGAACGUGCAUUCCUACAGCAUGCGC